AUGCCUUACUCUGUUGAUUGUAUAUCUACUGGUACAACAGGAACUGAAGAUGACUCAGAAAAAAAUACUAAUACUGAAACUGAAACUGAAAAAGAUUCUGGCUUUCAUUCAUUAAUAUGUUUAAGGAAAUUUAUUUCAAAUAUUGUUAGUCCUAAUGAUAAAGUUUAUAAAGAGCAUGAAAUUGAUGCUGAGAUAAAAAAAUUGUUUAUUAAAACAGAUAAAAUUAAUCCAUUAUUACAAGAAUCAUUAUUUGAAAAUGUUCCACCAUUUAUUUGUUUUUAUUCUAAAGGUAAUAAAGUAGUAAAACCUUGUAAAAAAAUAAGUAAUCAUUUACAUUGGUGUCAAAAUGCAUUAUUACCAAUUGUAAUGAAAAAGACACUUGCUUUAUCACAUUUUAAAAUUGUACCUGAAGAAGAGGAUUGGAUAGGGUAUUGGGGUCGACAUUGGAAAUCUCCAAAAUAUAAAACUUUAAAACCAUUUCAAAAGAUGAAUCAUUUUCCAGGAGCAUUUCAUUUUGGUAGAAAAGAUAGACUUUGGAUGCAUCUAAAAGAAAUGAUGGAUAGGCAAAUAAAUAAUGAUUUUUUUAUAAUGCCUUUUUCAUAUAUUCUUCCAAAAGAUUUUGAAAAUGCUAAAAAAUAUCUUGAGGAAAAUGAAAAUCAUAGGUUAAUUUUAAAACCACCAGCCUCUGCCAGGGGAUCUGGUAUAACAUUAACAGCAAAUAUUUCUCAAAUAUCAGGAGAAACACCACUAGUUGCCCAACAAUAUUUAGAAAAACCUCUUCUUAUAAAUGGUGCAAAAUUUGAUUUAAGAUUUUAUAUUUAUGUGCCUUCAUUUGAUCCAUUAAGAAUAUAUUUUUAUGAUGAUGGUUUAGUUAGAUUUGCAUCUUUACCCUAUUCUAAUUGUCCAAGUACAAUGGAUAAUAAAUAUGUUUAUUUGACAAAUUAUUCUAUCAAUAAAAAUGCACAAUCAGAAGGACAUACAAAUGAGCCUGUACCUAAAUGGGAUAUGGCUACUUUUUGGAAUUAUUUAGAUAAAAUGUAUGGAAAAGAAAUAAGAAAACUUGUUAAACAAAAAAUUAAAGAUGUUGCCGCAAAAGCAGUUAUUGCUUGUGAAAGUUAUAUUAGAAGUCAUGCUGAGAAACAUUCUACAUUUUUAUUUAAUUGUCAUGAGCUAUUUGGAAUGGAUAUAAUUUUAGAUGAAAAUUUUGAACCAUGGUUAUUAGAAAUGAACAUAUCACCUUCACUUCAUUCUGGUACACAGUUAGAUCGUGAAGUUAAAGGACCAUUAGCAAAAGAUGUUAUGAAUAUGAGUUGUAUUAAUUUACCACCUUCUAAUGAUAUUCCUCAACAAUAUACAAUAAAUUAUGGAAUUAAAAAUUAUAAACUAUUUUUUAGUGAAGAACAUUUACAAAAACAAGAAUAUUAUGAAAAAAAAUAUGAGAAUGGUGGAGAGAGUUGUUCUGAUGUGUUAGAGGAUUUAACGGAUGCAGAUGUACGAAUGUUAAUUGCUUUUGAAGAUGAAUAUUUUAGACGUGGGAAUUUUGAAUUAAUAUAUCCAAAUGGAAAAAAGACAGAAGAAUUACUAUCGUACACACUUAAUACAAUUUAUUCCAACAUCUUACUUCAUGAAUGGGUUUGUGUAAAUCAUCCUGAUCAUGAAACUGGAAUUCGCCGUUUAAAUAAACUUUGCGAAGUCAAUUAUCAUUAUCCAUGUUUUUCUUCAACAUCAUCUCAAAUUACAAACAGUGAUGAAGAGGAAGAAGAUAUAGAAGAUGAUGAAAAAGAUAAUUAUGAAUCUCAAGAAUCCACAAUUCCUAAAAAUGUUUAA